AUGAACCCAAUUGAACUUCAAGAACAAAGUAUUAAUAUUUUUGAAGAUGACCAACUAAUUCCUGAUUCUGAUGAUGAUGAAUGUUACAUUGCUAAUGUUACAAGAAGAUUAAUAGAACUAGAAGUGGUAGAAGAGUUAGUGGUGGAAUUAGAGUAA